UGUAGUGGGUUGAGAUGGAUCAUAGCGAGCUGCGUUCUUCUUGCGAAUUUAGCGACUUGACCGUGCGGAUUUGUAGCCAGCAGCUGCAUCUCCACCGAUUUCCUCUUUUUUCGCGUUCCGAUUACUUUCGAUGUCUACAACGAUCAGGUAUGAGUGAUACUGCUCUGGUUACUCUCGAUCAUUUACCCGGCGGAUAUGAUACGAUGACGCUGAUCGCCGAUUUUUGCUAUGGGAUCCCUACUGAGGACAAACUGACAACUAAAAAUAUUGGUCACGUGACGUGUGCAGCCAUCUAUUUACAGAUGUCGGGAUCUGGUAAUCUUAGUGAACUAUGUCAAUCUAGGCUAAAGAAAUUAUCAAGUGAUGCUUAUAAUUGUUUGGAAAUAUUGGAGAAUUGUGCUGAUGUUGCAGAAGUAGCUCAAUCAGAAGGAGUCAGUACAUUUUGCGUGAAGACUGCUGUUGAGCAUUGGUGUAAGCUAAACAUAAAGGCAUGGAAUUGGUUUAGACAUAAGCAAAGACUCUCAUCUUCGUGGUUGUCGCAGCUGAAGAAUCUCCCAGUUAAUUGGACGGUUGCUAUCAUUGACUUGAUGCAAACCAGAGAAGAAAGGUGCAGUCAUUUGACUACGUACUUUGUUGCAGGAUACAUCGAUUUUAUAAUGCAGUGCUUUGCCGAUGUGAGAAAGACAGAAUCUUGUUACGCUGUUAAUGCUACACCGAGUUCUGUGGACGCAACACUUGACCUUAACCCUAACCCUAUCGCUAACCCUGAACCUGUACUACUGGCAGAUUCCCCUAGUCCUGUAGAGAUACCAUCUCUUUUGUCUUGCUUGUCAGCGGCUCCUUCUCGUUUGACAUCUGCUGCCUCAUCUGCCUCUGAAAAUGGUUCAGAGAAACAGAAAACUGAAGGGUCAGCUCUUUCUUCUACUGCAACUGCUCUAGAUGCUUGUUUAUCACGUGGUCAUUUGUUGACUGAUAGCGAGGAAAGUCUUCUCAAAAUCUACUUUGAUACGUUUUUGUCCUACAUUCCAGAUGAUGCGUUAAAACUUGAUAUUCCAACUGUUACAGCCAGUUGGUUGUCAUCCGUUUUACAAUUCUCUUCAGCUUACGUGCCACAAGGUGAAGAAAGGUUGACAGCUUUGUGUGCAAACAGCUACGCUCAACUUACUAUGAACGACGUUAUUGAUUUUACGUCUCGAGUGAUGGCUAAUCUAAACGAAAGUGUUCACACCAAGAGAUAUAAAGACUCUAACAAGGUUAUAGAGCUAUCUGAUUAUUAUCUCAAUUACCACGCUGAACGAGGCACAAUUUCUGCUGCUUGUUUUGCGGAAGUUUUGCAGUCAACGUUGUGGAAAUGUCGCUCAUCUUUUGACUCUCCGUUUGAAGCCCUGGAAAAGCUGUUGCAAUCAAAUGAAAGUAAAAAUGAGUCAAUUUUACAGGAAAAUGUUAUGACAAUAAUUGAACUAAUAGAUUUUACCAAGCUUAGUCAAGAUGCUUUAGAGAGAGCGUCGCAAAAUAGUCACAUUCCUAGUAGAGUUACUAUGAAAGCUGCCGUUAAAGUUUGUUCCGUACUUAGGAAUACACUUAGUGAAUCCCAAGCAAAUUUGUCUACAACUCGGGAUGAACUCAGUAAAUGCCAAAGAAAUUUGUCUACAGAACUCAGUGAAUGUCAAACAAAUCUGUCUACAACGCGAGAAGACUUUAGUAAAUGCCGAACAGAGUUGUCUACAGUGCGAACGCAGUUGAGUAAAGUAGAAGAAAUGCGUGUUGCUAGUGAGCGUCAAAUGCGACUUGAGACCGUGCGUCACAGAAAAGAGACGGUUAGACUACAAGGCCAACUUCGUGAAGCAGAGGCUAAAGUGACUAAGCUAGAACUGUUUCCUCGGUUGAACGGUACGUGGACUAUUGCAGAUACAAGAGAGCGGGGUUACUAUUCAGGCGGCUGGCAUGGACAAGACACACGUGAUUUAUCAUCUUCAUCUUUAAGCAUAACUCAGAUUUCCGAACAAAAAGAAAAGAAAGUAAUUUCUUUUACAGUAAAAGUUAAGUCACACAAUUCUCGAUGUCACCCUAGAGAGCAAUCGGAAUCUCGUGAAGUCAGGGUAAGACCAGCUUACAUUCUGCCGUUGAUAAAUGAUAGAGGUUCUGGACGUGAUGCUAAUGUCAGUAGUCAGCACUUAUGGGAAACUUGGUAUCAAAGUUUGAAAUCAUCACACAGUGGAGGACUCAUUCCUCCAUUCUUAGUGUAUGAUCUAGACGAUGCUCGUAUAUUUUCUCCUUGGACUAACUCAUAUUCGAGUAGACGAGAACUUUUUCAAUGGAGGAAAUCUUUAGAAGACCGCGAUGACAGUGAUCUGCCAAAAUUCUAGUGUAAAAGCAACUGUGCAAUUUGUUAGUGUUGCUUAUAGCAAUCUGUCAAUGUCAUGCAUGUCGGUACGUCGCAUGCAUAGUCUGCAUGAUUAGUUAACGGUUGUUGUAUGGUAUCCUAUGUGUGUUACUGUAUGUAAGUUUUGCGAGACGUUGCUGUGUUUGUAUUUUUUGUGUAUUUUAUACUAAAUAGUACUAGCAUGGACACCCGGACUGCCCAGGAAAUACAAAUAUACAGUGU